CAACACAACAAGUCGACCGACAACGGCUUCACUAGCCGCAGCGUAGUCAGCUAGCAUUCAAGCAGUCAAUGGUUGAAAGUCGCUCGCUCGCGCAAACCGGCAAUCAGUCGGUUGUUAGUGUUCCUGGAGAGUUAUACAAUAAGCUGGUGAACGUUCGUCCGUUAAUAUUAUGGCAGUGUUUCGGCACAAUUUAUGCACUUUUUGAAAAUUAUGCAGAAGUGUUCGAAACAUGAAUAAAUGGAAUAUCAACUGUAGUGUUGAGAAGGAAAUUGUGAUACGCGCCAAUUUGAUGGGCAUGGAUAUAUUUUUUGCUGACGAAACAUACUUGACGGUAGUUCAGGCGUAAGUCAGCAAAACUAAUCGCACACGGGAGAGUUUCAGUGGUUUGUAAAAUGAGAACGCAAUUGAAAAUUGCAUGAGUGUAACGCACUUGAUAUUUUCUGAGUGUAUAAAUAUUAAAACAGAAGUUCCAUUUAAAGAAAAGACGAAAAUAUUUUCCAUGAAAAUAAGUGCAUAAAUUAGGUUUGAAACAAAUAAAUACUAAAAACGCAAAUAAGCCCAAAUUAAAACCAAGCGCAGAUACAAAGUACGAUUUAAACAAAUUGAGAAUUUAUAAAAUUUUGGUUGACCGUGUGCUAUAAAAAGGCCUGCCUGCACGCUUACCAACAAACCGGCUUUCGUGGAUGACGCAGCAAGGUGAAUCGAGAAGACAUAGUGAAAACGAACAAACGAGUGUGACGUUCCAGCUACGAAAGUUCCAGCGCGUCGAGCGAGACGAAGGGAGAUCAGCCCGCAAGUAUUGUAGGAAGAGAAUCAAUACACAACUCCAACACAAGCAAAAAAUACGCAUAUUUUUUGGUUUUUUGUAAUUUAGCAUUUCCCUUCAAAUAUUUCGUAACUGACAAUUGGUGUCGCCAAUGAGCGGCGUAGAGAUUGUAUUACAAAAAUAAAGUAAAUACAAGGAAAAGAAAAAAACAAAAACACACACACAGUUGAUCGUCAUCAUAGGUGUAGGGACGUUGUGGUGGUGGUAGUGGUAAGCGCGAUCAACGAUUAAGCCAAUGACGUUGAUGACGACAGAAAUAACAACAGCAACAAUCCCCACAAAGAGAACAAACAUGUUCGGGUUGAUGACGAGAACACCAGCACCACCACCAAGAACAGCAUCAGCAACAACCACUGCCACUGAUAUGCUACUCAUAAACGAAAUCCAUGAGAGGCGGCGAAAAGUCGGUGGCCGCAGCACCCACCACCCUUCUUCCAAUGCCUCUCAUCGAUCAGCCAGCUGCAGCAGUCAUUUUAAUAAUAAUAAUAACAAAAGUAAUAUCCACAAUUACUAUCUUCCACCGGCAUUUGCAUUUAGCCGGCAACUGGUUUAUGCCAUGCUUCUUCUUCUAGUCUGUGCCGCUGACGUCUGCUGUGGCAGUGGUGUUGGUAGGAGCAGUAGCGAAAGCUUAGCUUUCUCGGUAGCGACUGAGCUACACCCAUUACAGCGACGGCACGCGACCACUAAGGAUAACGCUGCUGCUGCAACGGAAGAUGAGAAUCUGAUUUUGGUGAAUAAAUGCUGCGAAAAAUUCGAAAUUCAUGUGGACGGCAUUUGCUCGCAGGUCAAUGAAAGUGACUACUUUCAACCGAUGUUCACCAACUAUCAAGGUGUCCAUAAUGUGCCUGUGAAAUUUAAGUUUGUUAUUGGUAUACCGGCUUGCGGCACGAUGCAGACAUGGCCUAUAUAUCAUUACCAAGGUAGUGCUGACCAGUUGGUGCUUUUGGAUGAUGGCAAAUUACGUCACUACACCAACUCCAAUGAGGAAGAAGAGGAGUUGUAUGAGCACACCGACUAUGACGCCGAUUUGGAUGAUGAACGAAAGUCACUGUUUCAUGAUUAUACACAAGGACAAUAUUGCAUUGAUAAGGCUAUUUCCUCCACAGGUCAGCAUCGUCAAAUUCUGUAUGCAAAUAUCUGUUUGACGAAAAAGGAGAUCAAAUGGUCGGAUACAACAUUUUUGCUACGUAAAGUAAUAAAUCCCAUUUUCCAUGGUAUCUCUUUGAUCAGCUUGUUGCUCAUAUCAAUUAUCUACUUUAUCCUGCCCACUUUGCGUGAUCUUGUGGGCAACAUAAUCACCACUAUUGCGGUGUGCUUAAUGGCUAGCCAAGCUGCGGAUUUUGUGCGCAUCUUUACGGAGUUCACCAACCACGUGAGCUUUAUCAUAGCAGACAUCAUACUCUACAUCAGCUUGCUAGGCGCUUUCUUCUGGCUUAACAGUUUCGGCUAUUACAUUUGGAAGACUUUUCGCUCACGCAACGUUUUCUUGCGUGUCACAGAUGGCCGUAAAUAUUGUUAUUACUCAGCAUAUGCGUGGGGCCUCACCGCGCUAAUGGCUGGAUUGGCGGUUUUUGCGCAUUUCUUCCUCGAUGCUGAAUCAUACAAACAACAAAAUCUGAUUGGCGAUCAGGAAACAAUCGGCUGGCUGGGGAUAUGGAUAUUUUUUGCACCCAUCGCCUGCACAAUAGUCAUCAAUAUUUUUUUCUAUGUGACCACUUUGAAGUUGAUCAAUCGCAGAAAUGUCUAUGGACGCAUACAGCACAAGUUGAGAGCGAAUUUCAUCAUGUUUUCAUGGAUGCUGCUAAUCAUGUCCAUUGCGUGGCUCUUCUUUGUGCUUUCCUGGCUGCCGUACGAUGGCCUCCUCUAUGCGCACAUACUGGUGAAUGCUGCGCAGGCGCCGCUUCUUCUCUACAUCUGUGUGCUGCGACAGAAACAUGUUACAUUCCUAUUGAAGAAGUCAUGCUGUUAUAAUGAGCCGCCAUCGGCCAACGAUUGGGGCGAUGAGAUGCAUUAUAUGAAUUGUAAUGAUUACUGAGAUGAGGCGCGCGUUCGAAACGCGCCCAAACAGCAACAACAGCAAACGGUGACACAUCAACCAAAUGGCAUAUUCCCGGAUGGGGUACCAAUCGAGUCGAGAGUGACUGCAUACAGACAUACAUCGGUGUAAAUGGCAUUAAUACAGGGUGCAUUGCUCAUUUCAUGAAUUGAAUGUGGGAUUGUGUUUGUUAAACUCUUAGUCUGUAGCCUUAUUUAUGAAUGUAUGUAGUUGUAAGAGGAAGCAAAGCGAAUCAAAGCAAUCGUACAACACUAUACCAAGACUAAGUAAACUCUCAUUAAUUUUAAUUUUUCAUAUUUUUUUAAAUGUUAUUGUACGCGAAUGAUAUUGUAUUCGAAAUUAAAUUAAGUAACUAACUAAACGACUAAUAAGUGUACUUAAGCUGAAAAUUAUGAAAUUUUGCGAAUCGCACAGAGAUUUGUAGUUAUUUGUGAAGACUUUGAACAAAAGUAAUUUAAGUGGAAUAAAAUAGUUUAUAGUACAAGUUUUUUUUGU